UUCACAGUCACUCUUGCAAAGCCAGAAUAAUAAAAUGCUGACCUCUCAAAGUGCUGCCAGUAUCCCCGUCUCAGCAUAGAAGGCUGGACAGUGAGAGAGGAGAGGAUAGGGGGAGAUAGGAGAAGGGAGUGGAAGAGAGAGGAGGGGAGGGGGGUUUAGAAAAAAGAAAACCGGUGGGAGGGGGAUUGAAAAAAGAGAAAGUCCAUUCUCGGGUUCCAACAGCAGGCUUUGCCUUGUAGAGAGCUCCAGCACUGCAACUCUGUGAAGGUAGGUGGGAGGCUGCUUCUCUCUCAACUGUGGGGAUACCGUUGGCAUGAGGAUGGCCCUUUCUUUAAUCUCUCUCUCUCUCUGUGUCUGCUUGGAGCUAAGCUUUACCCAAUGUGCAUGUGUCCGUGUGUGAGAGACUCUGUUAGGGACAGAAAAGUUAGGGAGACGAAUUUGUGAAUAUCCAACAUUGGUUUAUGUUGGUAUUGCUUGAAUACUUCACUUUGACUGUAGAAGUUGGUGUGUUGGUCUUCUAAUUGCCUUGGAUUCUUUUGGCCACGACUUUGACAGUUGACAGUUGGGCAUUUCCUAUGGGAGACCAGUGCUCUGAUGAAAGUCGACUGACCGAAAGCUCAGACUUUUUCCUGUUUCUCCAAUGGGAGUCCAGUGAAACCCUAAGCUAAAGUAUUGUCACUCAAUUGAAGAUCUUUUGCUGGUAUGCUUGGGUUAAGUCAUCUCAUAGCUGUCCAUCGCUCUACAGUUUUGUGGUGUUGUCUCAGGGGAUGGUAGAUUUAAGGGGGUGUCCCUCACCCCCACCCCCACUCCCAACUAACUUCACUGCAACGCCUGACGUUUGAAUAGCUGUGUUGGCUGAAUCAAGUCGUCUUUGGGGCCAUUUGUGGCUGAUUUGUGCUAAAGUCUUUAAAACAGGCACAAAAUGUGUGUCUUCACCGUGGCUAACGAUGUAGAGUUACGGCAGCUUAGAGACGCAUGGAGCUGAAUUACAAUGUCGUUGUAUUGCUGUAAAGAUAUAUUCCCACCUAUUAGAUAGUUUGUACUCUUUUCUGAACAGUUGCUUGUACUUGAAAAACAAUUUCACUUGCUUUCAGGCUAUGAAAACGUCCAUAUUGGUGUGUUGUCAUCAAAACAUGUAUUUAUGGUGAAUGGCAAAUACCAUGGAAGCCAAGAACAUAUGUUCAUACAAUGUCGAUGAGAGCAGUUUACUCAGCCAAAAAAAAAUAUGAGCAUUAACAUUUUUCAGAUACCUUUGCCUCUUUUCCCCCCCACAAUUCAAUGGAACAAUAACCUUUUCAUGUUGGACAGUAAAAAAUAUUCUCAGACAAGUUGCUUUUAGUCCUCCAAGUGGAACUUCUGUGUGGGGUGAAGGCCGCAACCCAAGCCGGGGAAGAUUUACACUGUAGGAAGUAGCUGACCUGUGAAGCUAAAAUUAAGCUGCGGUUGAUUUGGAAUUGUACACUUAUGUGGUAAGACCUGGAGGAGUCAACCCGCAAAUAGUGUGAAAUCUUCUGACCUGUCAACCAGAGUGACUCACUGCUUUGACACUUUGGGCCCUCUCUAUAAUGAUCUUUCCAGUUUCACCCAAGUCAUGUGGCUUGUCUGCACACUGUACAUACCAUUACUUUGGACUGUACAACAAGACAGUUGUUUUGUAUGAGUUGUUGUAACUUUGUACUUCUCAGAGACUUGGACUUUGUAGGAUCAUGAACUUGGAAUUGACACCAUCAUACAGCUUGUGGAUGCUUAAUUUGGUCCCAAGGUGCCACAAGCUUUUAGUGGACCUGCACAAAGUAGCUGAGAUUACAAAGUGAGAGUGAGCGUUGUUAGAACCAGAUGCCACUAGUGGAAAAAGGAGAGCCACUCCAACAUAACAGCAUGUGACAUCAUGGACACCAUGCCAUACAGUUGAUGGGAAAUAAACAUAAAGCCAUGAUGAAUGUAAGGGGAUGCACCAGUUUGGUGGUCCCCACUCCUCUCAACAGGUGUGCUCUGAUUGGCUAUCUGUGCAGCCUGGUGUCAAUUUCCUGAAGUUUCAUUGGCUAAACCAGAGGCCCGUGGACCGGCACAAGUCGCUGGGAUUUUGCUAACCAACUCCUUAGAUGGUUAGCGGCCACAACUAAGAUAAAGCUGCUUGAAGUGGUAUGUUGUUUAGUGAUGAAAUAACUAUCUUCCCCAAGAGAAUCUCUUAGCCAGGCAUAACCCAGAUUCCGUCUGGAAAGAAAUGUCCUGAGACAACUGGCUUUGACAGGUGACACUGUUCCGCUCAGAUACUAGUUUGGUUCCCAUAGAAACCCAAUGGGAAUACUAUUGACAGGUGUGUGUGCACUACUUUCCAGUCUGACGUCUCCUUGAAUAUGAAACAUGCUCAUUAAAAUGUCACAAUGAAUCAAAACAUGGCAUCCUGCCUCUUGAACACUUAUCAAGCACAUUUGUCAGAAGGCUUUUGAAGGUUUCUGAUAGAACACUUGUUGUACACAGUAAAACCUCUGCCCUUGGUAGUGUUGUAUUCUGAGGCAAGGACGUUGUAAAACUCAGAGCGAUAGUUUAUGCAGCCUAUUUAUUCAAACAAACCUCAUGGGCUCAAGGGCUUUGGUGCAGUUGAAUCAGGAGAUACAGGUUUGGAUGUUGCCCUAUUGUGUUACAACUUCAUGGAGCUACAUUCAGGAGUAAGUUUGUCCUCAUCUGUCCAUACAAAUGAGAAAAGGAGAAAGCUGCUUUUGCAUCCAGUGAAAUCCAAGUUGUUCCUGCAAUGUGCAAGAGAACAAACAAAAUGUUGAUGCUUCUCGGCAUGUGAACUAAAAGGUACAUACAGUUGUUUGCUCCAUAAUUACUUCCUUAUUUUUCCACAGCUGUUUGAUCCAGUGUUUGUGUCAUUGGCUUAACACAUAAAGCUGCAUUGUGCUGACGAGGUGUCCCCUCCACUGAACACAAACAUACAUGGACACAUGCCGUCACACACGAAAACACACACACUUGAAGUUAUUAUACACACACUUAACAGUAUUUCUGUGGUAAGAGUAUGUUUUACUGUAAUUCUAACGCACUAAUUACGACAUGGUCGCACACAAGCGCACACACAGGCACACAUGCACGAACACACACACACACACACACACACACACACACACACACAAUCACAGUGUGUCUCAGAAGACUUUCCAAUUUUAGAUGUUCUGUCAAAGUGUAUUGUCAUCACCAGAUAAUCAUUUACAGGUAGACUAAGCAUUCCAUGAAUGCAGUCUAUUCAUUAGUCACAAGGUGUGUAGGUUUGUGUUUGCAAUAAGUCACAAAAUGUGUGUGUGGCCACUCUAAUAAAGUUUGACAUUGUAACUUCAUCUAGGAAUAUAAAGCACACCACUGUUACCUAUGCAGAAAGGAACAAGGCUAGAGACCACAACAAUCAUGUGCUAAUGGACUCGUUCAACACUCAUGACAUUGAUUUCCUAUUGAUGGAUGCAUGAAGUGUUCUGUUAUUGUCUUGGGGUGUUAAAUUGCCAAUCACUGACUUGAGCUUCUCAGUAACCCUUGAAUAGCUCUCAUCAAACUGUUUCUGUAGCAAUGGUAGACUUACAGUUCCUCACAUAAUGGUCAAUUUUUGUGUUUGAUUUACCAUAUAAAUGGUCAGGGUCAACAAUUAGGGUCAAUUCUGAAAGCAUUUCCUAAAAAGACCAAUAUGAAAUGGAAUGUGGAUUUAAAAUUGAAAAUGUAAAUGGGUUUGACCCUACACCUGUUUUGCCAGAGGUAUAUACAGUAUGAUAUUGUUGUGGUAUUUCCUCCAGUGAGUGCCCAGGCUUUGUGUUUGUUUCAUGGUUGAGCUCCACUCUCCAGGGUGCACUUGAAACUGACCUCAGAUCUGUGUUUUGCCUCUAUCUGGGCCUGUCCACUGGUGGGUGUACAGGGAAUACGGGUGGGGCCGCUAGUGGGUGUCAGCCAGUGAUAAAUAAGGGAACGCAGCCCUCUGCUCCGCUAUCCUCGCCUCUGUAACUCUAAACCCCUAGCUCACCACAUUGGAACUAAGAAUAGCAAAGAACCUGCACUCUCUCUCCCUCUCUUUCACUUGUUAUUUUCUUCUCUGUCUCUCUCUCCCUCUCCCCUUUGAAUCCAUAGCUUCAGUUCUAUAGGAGUGUGUUCAUUUCAGUUCAGUUUCAGGAGAAAAAAGGAGUGCUCAAUCCAAAUGUGGCGGUGUUUGUGCGUUGUGGCAGUGCUUAUUUGUGCAUUCAUGUGGACCACAGGGUUCUCCAGGGAAAUGUGUGUUGAUCACUGGAAAUAGUUAUUAUUACCAUCAUCCCCUCAUAGAGGCAACACAGGGAAAAUGGACUGCCAACAAUAUACUCAAUGGAGAUCAUAAGUUGCUCACAAGACAGUACAUGAAAAUAGUUGGUGUGCUUAAGUCCUAGCUACCCAGGUUCUGUCACACUGGCUAGUCCUAACAGGACACCAAAACAUAGUAUCCGUUGCUAAUAUUAUCUAAGCGGCCAUAGUGUGCCCAAUCUGUCAAGAUCUGUCCAAUCUGUAUCCCAAGUGCAUCCUCUCCUUUCUCUCUCCUCUCCCCACAGACAGCGCCCUGCUCUACCCCAGGGGUGUGUGGUGUGUUUGUGACCCUAGCUAGGAGCCCAGUCAGCCUGUAGACAUGUCGAAAAGCGACCCCCGGGACAUCGACGAGGAUGCCAUCCUCAAAGGGAUGAGCCCUGAGGAGAUAGAUGCGCUGGAGUAUGAGCUGCUGGAGAUGGACCCCGAGGUACUGAGGGCCCCAGAGGGCCCCUGGUGGCAAAUAAGGGAGUUAAUUGUAGAAAGAUAACUCCAGACUCAAAGACUGAGGGAUGCACAAGGCUCAUAGUAUAAUAAUAAUAAUAAUAAUAAUAAGAAUAAUAAAUUAUAAAAAUAAGAAUAUGCCAUUUAGCAGACACUUUCAAUCUAAAGCGACUUACAGUCAUACAUGCAUACAUUUUACGUGUGGGUGGCCCCGGGAACCGAACCCACAAUCCUGGCGUACCUAACACAAGAGAUUCACUGAUACACACAGAACACCAACACAACUGAGGCACUGCCAAUAACAUAAUUCCCCCUUCUCAUGUUAUCUUGUUCUUUGACAUUGUAAGACUUACUUAGGAAUUUCCUGGGGAUUACGUAGCUUUAUACUGUAGUUAUAAAUCUUAUAAAUCCAUUUUCCAACAUCUCAAAAACCAGUCUCACACAACCAGUUACUAGAACACCAGAGGAUUCAGAACUCUUUGUACAAUCUUUGUACAAUGUCCACAUGCCCUCUGACCCCUACUGUUUCUGUCCCAGAAUGCCAUCCUGCCAGCCGGGUACCGCCAGCGUGACCAGACCAAGAAGAGCCCAACGGGGGCGUUUGACCGUGACGCCCUGCUGGAUCACUUAGAGAAAACAGCUCUGGAGCACGAGGACAGAGACGACCUGGUGCCCUUUACAGGCGAGAAGAAAGGUACGGUACACUAGACUACUGCACAACACUAUAGACUACACUACCCCACACUGCACCGGGGUGGCUCUUAAAUGAGUGGCUUUUGGGCCCGACCACUGCUUUAAACUGAAAAACAAUCCAAUGCUUUGAACUUUAAAAAUCAGUAAUGAUAAGUGAUUGACUUAAAAGUGUAAUUUUAGUGGUUUGUUUAACAUUGAUAUGGCAUUGAGAUGCAUACAGUUAUACAAUAGAACAUGUAGUUUAUUGGAGUUUAUUCAAAGCCCAUAUAAACCAGGGCUUUCUUAGUGUUUUCAGAAACAAUCCCAAAAAUGUUUUCCCCCAAAACAAAGACAAAUCCACUGUAAGGGGCAUAUUACAAUCAUGUAAUUCUUUAUAAUCUCAAAGAAUGUUAUAUGAUACAAGAUACAUACUGAGAGAACAAAGGUUUUCCCCUCGACUGUACCAAAAAAACAUGUGUGCUAUAGGUACAGUUUGUUUACAGUCUGCUCAUGACCCCUUGGAUACUAGUUGCCCUGACAGUCCCUCUGUAUGUGUCUUUCUCUCUCAUUCUCUCUCUCUCUCCUUCUCUCUCUCUCUGUCCCUCUCCAGGGAGAGCGUUUGUUCCUAAGGAGGGCCAUGGAAAGAUCCCCGACCAUGAGCAGAUAACCCUGGAGCCUGAGCUGGAGGAGGCUCUGAAGAAUGCCACAGAUGCUGAAAUGUGUGACAUCGCAGGUGAGAACCUAUCAAUUUAAAUUUUUGUCAUUUAGCAGACGCUUUUAUCCAGAGCGACUUACAGGAGCAAUUAGGGUUAAGUGCCUUGCUCAAGGGCACAUCAACAGAUUUUGACCCUAGUCGGCUUGGGGACUCAAACCAGCAACCUUUCAGUAACCUGGCCAACCGCUAGGCUACCUGCCGCCCUUUCCCUCUCCGUCUUUACAUUGUUUCAAUGUGAUGUUGCCCAAUACUCCCAGUCGGUAUUAGAUAGAACUUUGUGGCCCCGCUCGCCUUGGGGGAAAACAGACCAUGGUUAACUUGGUUACCCCAUUGGCUCACAGCAAAAACGUGACAUUUUUCAAAUGCCUGGGGCUGCCCCUAUGUAUUGUGACCCAAUUGUUUACAGUGACCCUUGCCCAUUUUAUUAUUUUGUCAUAGGCCCAUAUUAUUCCAUUGCUCAUUGAUCCAUAAUAUUAUUGUUCUAGUGCAUCACAGACCCACUCCAACACAUACAGACAUGCAGAGGAUGUGGGACAUGGCAUGGUGGGGGGGGGCUCCAAUUCCCUGCGCUCAGCAGCAACAUGAAAAUAAGCUGGCCAAGAGUCACCAAAAGAAGGGAGGAGUGAAAAGAGGGAUGGGGGAGGGAGUGAAAUACUUGUCUGUUGGGUAAAGAUACUAUAUCAAUUUACACCAAACAAGAGGCAACCUUGUUUUAAACUUAAUUAAUUGAAUCAACAUGUUUUCAUUUUUUUCAUGUUUACCCCAAUUGAGAUGUAGAAUUAAUGUCAAAUGAGUUCAUUGCAGCUUGAACAUGCGUUCCAAAUAUAUUUUGGUCUCAUUCGGUCAACACUUACAGUACCAACCCAAUUUGUUAGUUGUUUUUACCCUCACACUUAAUAAUUUACUGCAUCUGCAAAAUGUGCUCUCUGCCAUUGUUUUCAAAACAACAAAGUUAUUUAUGGUUCAAUUUGAUAUGGGUGAUUUUCACCCAAAAAACACACAGCAUAUUUUUUGUUUCCAAAUUAUAUCUCAUUCGAUGAGAAUUCACGUCUCAGCCUCUUUUGAGCUACACAACAUUAUGAGACCAUAACACCAUUGGCAACAUAUAAAUCAUGCAUAUAUCAUUCAGAGGAUGGCCCAGAACAACCACUGUUUAGCACAAUAGUUAAAUCCCCCUAUCCGUAUCCACCCACUGUGCAGGGGAGCCAGGCCUGCCUCAGUCCGAGGGGCAGGCCUCCUAACUGCUUUAAUGGCAGAGUCAUAGCCACAAGGCAUAGGCGUCUGAAAAGUGCCAGUGGGGGAGUUUGGGGAGUGGAACUGUGUGCCCACAUAGAUUAGCCUGUCAUUAACUCCCUCAUUGAGAACACAGUUUUGACCCUGGAGGGAGUCCAGAUGAGGAUUAAACCUUCGUUAGCCUCUGUCACUCUUUUGUUUGGGGCUGGAUCUGAGUCCACAAUAGCAUUGCUGCCUAGCCGGCUCCACCAGCAGCAAGGGAGGGAGGGACCUCAGUCAGUAGAGAUUUAAUUGAUGCUUUUUAUUCACUCUUAAUAAUACUGAUGGCAUUUUGGGAAUUGUUAUUAUUAUUGAGAGGCUGGGUUGUACUGCAAAGCUACUGUAGAGUCAAGCCAGGUGACAUUGGCGCAUUUUGCACCAGACCAGCUGUCUCUGGAUUCCUCUCUCCUCACAAGGCCUUCCCUCCCAUAACUCCCAGUUUGCCCCAGGUCGGAGCCUGGGAGCGGGGGGCUGGUGGGGGUUUGCUGUCACAGCAGUUGGUGUGUGACACAGUUUGGUGGCGAGGGGCCGUCUCUAAUGAGACUGGGAGAGAGGCAUUCAAAGUGCUGCCCUCUACUGGGGAUUUGAGCAAAGCAACAGCAGCUCCAGUCCUAUAUUUUAAGGAGCCUAUUGUUCUACGUCCUAUGUCCCAUCUUGUAAAAUUAGCAGUGCUUAGCUGAGCUAACUCACAAGCAUAUUUGGUAAUUCAAAGUACUCGUCCCCAGGGCAUGGUGUCAAACUGAACAAUACAAUGGCCUCUAUGUCUAUAUAUGCAUCUAAUUGAGGGGACGAAUAACCAUUAAUUGUGUUGGCCCAUUCUCAGUUAGAAUAACAUUGGGCUUGGUGUGUCUACAUGGCUCGCAUAAAUGUUUGGUGUCAUAACGUCCUUAGGGCCUGGAGGCACUGAGAUUAGAGACAGUGACUGCAGCUCUCUCUGUAAGAACUGAGGAAAGGCUAUAAUGUCCUUAUCUGGUCAAGCAGACAGACCGAGUAGGCUCGUGUAUAACAUGGUAAAUACUGUACCUAGUAUUCUUAUGAUACAGUGUUGGGUGUAUGCUGUAAAUGUACAAUUCAGUUGUUGAAAUAGAUAGACCUCUCUACGUGAAGAUAUGUAGAGUAUAAUUGGGAUUGGGAGACCUGCCUGUCAAAACAAAGCCCUCAUAAAUAAUUGCACUCACAUACACUCUCGGUUUAGUUAUAAUGAAGGCCUUGUGAUUACUUACUGGGACAAUAACAUGCUAAAGGUCUCAGCUGACAGCUACCAUUCAUUAUGUUGAAAUGAGGAAAUAUUACUGGAUGAUGAAUGAGAGUUACAGAUAUCUUAUCAAUCAGUUCCAUCUCUUUGCAGCUAUUCUGGGAAUGUACACACUGAUGAGCAACAAGCAGUACUACGAUGCCUUGGGCACCACUGGUACCAUCGCCAACACAGAGGGCAUCAACAGUACGUAUGAAGAGGUUGACCAGCAGAGCAGAACAUGCCUACUACGGUAUUCAGUAUAUUACAUGUUUAGGAAAUUCUUACACUAACCUGUGAUACUCUGUGCUUUUAGGCGUAGUAAAACCAGAUGCAUUCAAGAUCUUCCCAGACGAGCCCCCCAACCCCACAAACGUGGAGGAGACCCUUCAGCAGAUCCAGGAAAACGACAGCAGCCUGUUUGAAGUCAACCUCAACAACAUCAAGGUGAAGCCAGUUGGCUUUAGAUCCUAUGGUCUGAAUGUACACAGUGACCAAUUCUACAAUGGAGGAUUAGAUCACUUGAUGGAAGAGUGUAGCCUCAUGUAAUAUGGUGUACUGAAUCACCUUAAAGUGAUUGACGUCCGUCUGUCUGUCCUGUAGGACAUUCCCAUCCCAACGCUGAAAGAGAUCUUUGAGGCAAUGAAGGGCAACACUCACGUGGAGUCUCUGAGCAUUGCUGCUACCCGUAGCAAUGACCCUGUGGCCUAUGUGAGUACGUCCUUCUCCCCCAGACUAGACAUAAAGAAUCCUCAUUUUUACAUCCUUAUUGUAAUUUUCACCUGUUACUAAUGAAUGUGACUCUAGUAACAUACGUGUGUGUGUGUGUGUGUGUUAACCAGUCUGUUGCCGAGAUGCUCCAGGAGAACACCACUCUGCAGAGUCUUAACAUCGAGUCCAACUUCAUCACCUGCGAGGGCAUGAAUGCCAUCGUCAAGGCCAUGGCCAACAACACCACACUGACCGAGAUCAAGAUCGACAACCAGGUCAGACACCCAUACAGAAAGUAUGCUGUAGAAUGAAUAUAUACAUUUGAAUAGUGCUACAUACUGUAUGUAUGCUGUAUAAACAACUGAAUAUAAAACUAAUUCCUUAUAUGAGUUCCUCAAGAGACAUGAAAAGACAUUGGAAAGAGAAAAAACUAUGAUAAACUUAUAACAAGACAAUGCUGUGAUUUGAUUGUGUGGUUAUGGGGUUAUUUAAUUCCUUUUCAUCCUUUAACCCACCCUCCUCCAAUAGAGACAGAAACUGGGGGACUCCUGUGAGAUGGAGAUUGCCACCAUGUUGGAGAACAACUCCAGCAUCGUGAAGAUCGGCUACCACUUCACCCAGCAGGGGCCUCGUGCUAGAGCAGCCAUCGCCAUCACCAGGAACAACGACAUGAGUGAGUGUCUGGAGAAUGCAUGCGUACUGUCAAUUAUUGUAUUUCAGUUGUGCUUCGAUUGACAUGGUCAAUUUUAAAGCACUUAACAUUCUUCCUGUUAGGGUUUUCGUGAAGAGGCUGUCAUAAUACCCUCAGAAAGUGACUAUAAUUCUGACAUAAGACUUGACAGAUGAGCUAUUUACAGUUAACGUUUAGGUGCAUGUGCUAACCUGUUACUGAGGAAUUUCAGCUUUCGGAUGAGCAUUGAUAAUGUACUCUGGCUGACUCAUAUUGUUCCUUUUCUUUCUCCAUCCAGUUCGUCAACAGAGAGUAAGAUGAGACAAGAGUGGAGCAACAAGAUUGUGCUCUCAAGUCGCUAGUCUAUCAAUUCAGCCCAUUGGAUCCAACAACUCUAAAGACUGCCAUUGACAGCUUUGCGCUAGCUUUGUCAAUUGGGCACAACAAACCCUUACAACCCCGCUGUGCCUCCUCACAAGGACGGGUGAUCAUUUCUAUGUCUGUGUCCAAGCAUUUCAUUUCAUUAACCACUAACAGCUUUUUAUAGACCAUUGAAUUCAUCAUAAAAGCAUACAUAGGUCACAUCAUUGUGAAGUGUUGUUUAUGCUUCUAGAGUACACCAUGAAAACAUACUCAGAAAAUGACUGAACUCCUACAUGGUGGUGGUGCUAUAUCUAGGAAAAGAAUCUGUAAAUACUUUAAAUAAAACAUUUAAAUAAUGAAUUGUCUUAA